AUGGGUCAUCAGUCUACGCCUGAGCAUUCGCACCCACAGCAAGAACCACAAACGCCACCACUUGUCAUCUCAUCCCCGGUCUCCUCAUCUCAAGGCUCGAAAGACAAACCGAAGUCAGCCUCCCGACCACGAAAGUUCUUGCCCCAGCCAAUUGAAACCACCUCGCGGACUUCAGCACCCGAUCGGUCAGGUUCUACUGGCGUGGUACACGCUGUGGGUCCCUCCAACGGCCCGAAUAUUGAGUUACAACAAGAUAAAAGGAGUGCACGACGGAAGUUUUUGCCGGAGCCAAUAGAGACAACAAAAUCUAGUAACCAUGCCCCGUCGUUGCAAACCCCAGCACAGCCUCGAGCACAUGAUGCCUCGGCUGGCCCGAGGCGAUUCAAACCGGAAUUGAUUGAGACAGUUCGUCAGUCUAUUGGAGGAAGGGUGGAAGCGCCUGUUAACCGCUUUGAGAAUGACAAUGGAUACCUACAGGCCUCCGUCCAUGACCCAAGGUUGGUGCCUCGCCAAGAAACGUAUCCGCGCCCUUCGGAGUCAAAAUUCUCAUAUGCGAGUUUACUCCGACGACAAGAGGGACGGAGACAUUCGUUUCGUGUUCCAGAACUACCUCCAAUCCCAUCGAACAGUAGCGAGUCAUCUUCAGAUUCUUCGUCAUCAUCUCCUCGCCCGGCUAAGACUUCGUUUCAAUCCAUCUCCCCGGUACAUGCGCACUCCCUCAAAGGUGACUCCGACGAAACACUUUCGGAGUAUUUUCUAGCCCUCGCGGCUCGGUCAGCACACAGGCAGUUGAAGGAACAGGCGUUAGCCGCGUUCCCAAACGAGCAAGCCUAUGAGCCGGUUGAUCACUUCGCUGUGGACGACGAAGACAAUGGUUCCGAGGGCGAGCCUUGGAGCUAUCCCCAGGCAUAUCACAUCAAAUCUCGACGGCAAUCCUCUGCGGACCUCUCGUGGGAGUUGGAGUAUAUGCGUCAGCACAAAGAGGAAGCUGAGCAGAGACUUAGAAUAAUGAUUGCAACGGGCAAGCCCUUGUUUGAAUCUAUGCAAUCUAACCCAGCACCCUUGAAGAAUGAUCGCAGUCCGCCUAUGCUUGGAAGUGAUAUUGUCAUUCCUCGGAGCCAAUCUCCUGAGGGGACUAUGUGCGAAAAACCCCACGCUGGGGGCGAUUCCCCGACCGCCGAUGAUCAAUGUACCGGCUGCGGUGGUCUCUGGUGUGCUUCAAAGCAUACUGAUCGAGGGCGAGGUUCGGGUUUGUGGAAAGGAACUUGUCAAAGGAAUGAGCCCGGUGGAGUGGGAUCCGGUACUUCGAUGGGCACGGCUAAUUCGAGGGUUUCGAGUAAUGGAGUUAGUGUGACCAAAGCACGCUCUUUGGAUCUCCCCAAUGUUCAAAAACGCCGGGUAAACACAUGCAGACCACGUCAAACUGCCACGUCCCUCUCGCCAAACGUGCUUGAUGAGUUUGAUGAUUCAUUUGUCACACAGAUAUACAAUUAUAUCUCGCUUGGCUAUCCUUGCGUGGCGCGCUCUUAUGAUGAUGAACUAAGCCGUAUCUCGGGUAUCACCGUUCAGGAAUUGCGGUGUGAUGAUCUAAGGACGGAUGCAAGAGGCUACGUGGUCGCACCCGAUGGCAACUCUCCUGUUGCAUGCAGCAGAUGGAAGGCACUUCGUCUUUAUAUCCAAGACUGGGCCCUCCACCAACCUCAUAUGGGGGAAGAUGACGAAUCAGCUUGGGGGAUGCCUGAGCGGAAAGGGAGCUGGGCAAUAUGA